AUGACCGAGUCAGUUGUGUUCAGACUUUCAUCAAUCGACCAGAGCAGCACCAGAGAGUACAUCCGAUAUGCUCUCUGCUACCCGUGCGAAAGCGAUGCUGCGAGUCUCGAUAGCCUCGCCAUCAAAUUGAGUGCAGCUCUGAAGCGCGGUGUGAGUUACAUGCCAAUUCUGGCAGGGAAAGUGCAUCCAGUGCCGACUCAAGCAAGCAGCGAGAGCAACCGCCGUCACAGCGUCGCGGAUUACCCGGCUCGCCAGUAUCCAUCGAUCCACCAGCGCCGUGCAACUUUGGCUGAGGACACCCACAACGAGCAAAGCGGACAGCUGGAAGUGCGAGUGACGGCGGAGGAGGUGGAAAGCAUCAAGGCCACAUUCAAAACUCUGGGCAAAGAUGAAUUCCCACACAGCUAUGCCGACCUCACGAAGGAAGGUAUGCCACCAAUGGCAUUCAUCGGUGAGGCCUUCACCCCGCUCCCAGACGCCCCAGAGUCCCUGGAGGAAGGUAGCCCGGUGCUCGCCGUGCAAGGCAACUUCAUCUCCGGCGGCGUCAUCGUGGCACUGUACCUCCAUCACUCUGUUGUCGGAGCUGCUGGACUCGGAUCACUCAUGCGUUGCAUGUCAAUAUCUGAAGAUGUACUCCCAAGCCGCCCCCGAAUGACGACCGAGGAACUCCGCGAUGAGGCUCUGGAGCAGAGCAGAAUGCGCGAUCGACUCAGCGGAUCUCGUGGCUACCAAUCAAGCCUCUAUGAGCACCCAGUGUACAGCCCUCGGGCGGAUCCAGAUCGCGGAGCCUUGACCGUGCCGAGCAGUCCAUCCUGCCAGGUCCUCACAUUCUCUCUACCCAUGCUGAAUGCAACCCGUGAUUUCGCCAACGAGCACUUCCUGCAGAUCAACGCAGAUCCAACGGUGCGGCUUUCGCUCUUCGACUGCCUGAUGGCGGUUCUCUGGAAGGCGCUCACUCGCGCUCGCUGGCCCCCUGGUGUCGCAAGACCAGGACAGACAAUUGCACUCGCCGUUCCCAUCAACGUCCGUGUGAGCGUGGAACCCCCGCUGAACGGAUCUUUUUAUGGUAACAGCGACCUCUUGACACACACCACAUCGAUGCUCGUUCAGCUGGGCAUGCCAUUCGAUGUCAGUACGAUCGGCAAUACGGCUUCGAACAUCCGGAAAUCCUUAUCAAGUCUUACUGAACCGAAAGUACGGUCGACCAUCGCCAUGAUCAACGAGUGCGAGGAUUUGCGAAGUCUCGGCCAUCCAUGUGUCGACUAUGAGAGCGAUGUUGUCAUCACCAAUUGGGCGGACAUUCCCGUCGACGAAGAGACAACCCUCGGUUUGGGAUUGGGACCGGCAGAGUGGACUAGGAAGUUGAGCAGAGAACACGCCAGCUUCGAUUGUGUCUUGCUGCCUCUUGGUGGUAGGAACGGAUGUGAGGUUCUCAUCCAGCUGGCAGAGCCAGAGAUGCAGAGAUUACUUGAGGAUACUGGUCUCCAGCCCUUCUUGGUGGGUUAUGCCUAG